UCCGCUCCCAUCUGCCGGACACCAAGCUGAGUCGCGGCGGCUGGUCGGCAGACACUCUGAGCUGUGUCCGCGUUCUCCUGCAACAAGGUAAGGUUUCGAAAACCAUGAUGAAGCACUUCGUGCUUUCCGUGACUGGCAGUCGUGCUACAGUAAUGCCUUAGUAACUAACUCGCCUAACUCCUAACGCAGAUAUUGAAUUAUCUGAGGAGUGGUGGUGGUGGGAGCGUCUGUUAAUAGGAGUAUGGAUGCUAAUGACGCUAGUACUAACGAAGAGCUACUCCGGCAACCUGAUGUCCCUCUUGGCCGUCAGACACGUGCCGCAGCCGUUCCAGAGCAUCAGGGAUGUCCUCAACGAUCCGCACGUCGGCAUGAUAUGGCAGAAGUAUUCCAGAACUGAAGAAUUUCUAAGAUCCGUGCAGUCCGGGAUAUUCCGCGAGGUAGCGGAGCUGGAGGACGAGGGUCGCCUCACGUUCCACACUCAGGCCCAGUACCUCAAGAGCUUCAACACCCUGGUGCGGGCUGGGGACCACGUGCUGGUAGACGGGGAGAACACCAUCAAACGCUUAAUAGCUUUAGAUUUCUCUCAGAAAGGUCGCUGUGACUUCUAUAUUUCAAAGGAUGGCUUUUUCCCCUUCCUUGCUUCUAUUAUGAGUCAGAAAACAAAUCCCAUCAUUCAAGGACUCAAUCCAAGAGCAAUAGCCAUCGUAGAAACGGGGCUGUUGUCCUUCUGGGCGCAUGAAGUACCCAACCUCACUAGAUGCGACAACAUUCCCAAGAAGGUAGUGCUGUCCACCUCUCUCUCCACCACUCAUCUCUCGGGCAUGUUCGCGGUGCUGGGCGGGGGGCUGGUGGCCGGGACCCUGGUUUGGCUGGCGGAGCUCCUCGUCUGCCCCGUCAGGAAGCACUGCCUCCCACGAGCACCCACCACCGUGUCCUAG